AUGAGGAUCUUAAUCUGCUUUGAAGGCUCCUGUGAACCUUUUGAUGUCCCUCCUAAUCAGACUGUGGGGGCCGUGAAGCAGAUGGUAAAGGUAAUAAAAAGCAGCAUCUCAGUGGAUUUCUGUUUCAUGAUAAGUCUUGGCUGCAUUUCAAAGAUAUUCCUGAUUGUUUGGUGCUUUCAGCAAAGGAAAGGAACUUUUGGGGGUUCAUUGUCUUUGACACAAUAUAGGUCAUUAUGAAAUGCUGUGUAAUGACAUGUUUCCACUCUGUCCCUGUAGGAGAAUUUUCCUGUGCGUCUUUCAAAUGACAAACAGGUUCGGCAGUACCUAGAGCUUAUCUAUGCGGGCGCAGCACUGCAGGACACCUGGGCUCUGAGUGACGUGGGCAUCAGAAGUGGCAGUGCCCUCCAAUGCCUGAUAAAGGUAUUAAAAUAUUUAAAGGGUAAAGAGAUUUGUAUCUGUUUUUAGGUUCGCUGUAGAUAUAUGACAAGAUGAAGGGGAUGCACAUUGGGAGAGGAUGGUGCCUCUUUACUUUUACCCAUAAUUGCAUGACACUUUCAGCCUUCAAGCUGUCAAAUUAUCAGUGUCCUCUUCAUCAGCACCUCACAUCUGUGGAGCUUUAUUCUUAGGCUUCAUAUUUAGGGAGCUGCAGUCCCUCUCGUUUCUGCACACAUCUCUGACAAUUCCCUGAAGAACAAGUCAUUCUUCAUCUUUUAUUUUUUGCUGCUAAGAUUAGUCUGGCACUGCAUACUUAUUCAUUAAUUGGGAUUAUUUCUCAUCAAAGACAUCCUUAUACUGUGUGAAUUUAAUUUCCAACUGGUGUAUGACCAGGGAACAAGAUGCUGCCAUGCAAGAGGUAAGUAAAAAUGAGUUUAUGGUGGUCUGAGAUCCCUAGUCUGCCGCCAUCAUUCACUUUUUUGAAUUGGGACACAUUCCAGGCUUGUCACUGUGGCAACUGUAAGUAACAGUUGACAGCAAACAUUAUGCGUGUGUGUGUGUGUGUCUUUUCAGCUUUUGUGAUCAUUUAACAACCCCUCAUAAAAACAGUUCUCUAGAGUGACCUCCGAGUGUGUUAGCCCAGUUUCACUCACCAGGCUAAUAAAUGUUUGGUGUGCGUCACUGAGCUCUGACAUUUCACAUCUUGUUUGUUUCCCACUUUAGUACAUAACCAGCGGUCAUAAAAUGUGCUCAGAUAAAUGUAUUCAGCAUGAAUCUUAAUAAACCAGCUGUGUUUUUUCAUAUGAAUAUAGACUUUGCUGGACUAAGUUUCAAGACAAUUUAAUAGACAUAGUCUACAGAGGUCUUUCUCUUCAAAGGAGGUGGCACAUUAUUCUAAAUGAUUUUGCAUGAUAUUAACCACUAGGUGGCAGCAAACUCUAUUUCAAGUAUCUGGGUAAGUGUCCCAUUUACCUUAGACUUUAUUUGUUAUGUUUUGGGUACAUUAAGAUUUGAUAUCAAGAGUGGUCACAGUGAUUCAUAGUGUGACUUCUGUGCCUUUGUUCUUAUUUUUCAGAGUGAACAGACGCCUGUGAUCCGUGUGUUCAAUGCUGUGACAAAAGAAACCUUACUUAUUAUGGAAAGUGAGGCUCUUCUGCACAUAUCUGUUGCAAGAUUAAAAACUUUGGUGUCCAUACAAAGUGGCCUCCCUGUCAGCACCUUCAGGCUGAGCACACCUGCUGGUGUGCAGCUCUAUGACUGCAACCAACUUCAAGACUAUGCCAUUGAUAAGGGUAAGGGCUUCUUUUCUAUAGUAUUUGUAAAGCUGACACAUUUUCAGUGUUAAAUGAACGCUGAUUAAACUAAAAAUUUAUUCAAGAUGAGACACAGGUGAUGUUAGAAGCAUUCAACAAGUCCAGUUACAGUCACUGAAAGCUUCUAUGAGGAGUCUUUUAAUGUUUAUGAAAUGGACGAAAAUUCAAAUAAAUGCCUUUCAAUGAUAUUCAAAAGCAAACAAGACCAACAGUGACAAGACCCAUGAGUUUGAUAUUCUAAUUUUUGAUGCCAAACAGCUGAAGAAACUGCCCUAUUUUAUAAUUUCACUUAAAACAUUCACAAAAAUUGAUACGUUUGACCGUCAAAGUCAGCAGUAUGAGGUUUUUGUAAGAAGUCACGAUGUAACGGACAAGCUAGGCAAAGACUUCCUUGUCUACUGGGUGUACCAAACUCAGCAGAAGUGACUAAAAGUUCUUUACAGGAGCUUUAAUAUGAGAUUUUUUAUUUUGCAGGCAGUACAGACCUUAUAUGGUAGAGAAAUGUGUUUUGUUUGGAUUAUCUACCAAGUCAGCUGUUUUAAAGAAUGAAAAGAUGCUGCAGGGUUUCACUUUUACAUUAACAAAGACAUAUCUUGCAGGGUUGCACUUAAUAAUAUCUUCUCAUCCAAUGUACAACAAAUUAAAAAUUUUAUAAACUAAUUUUAUCAAAUUCUAUACCUUGUACAUUCUUUGGACAAAGGCACUACUCUCCGUUUGGACACAUGGGAUGGCUGGGUAGAGUUCCUCCAGGGUUGCCUCUUUGGUCACAGACUGACAGUCCAGAGCAACCUAUCAGAAAGCAAGCCAGUAAUGAGGUCAGAAAUUUACUACAUGAGCAAAACACAACUGUUCCCAUGCAGCAAGUCUAUGAUGAUUAAUUUUCUUUCUUUUCCAGGUUUCAGCUGCAGGUUGCACUUUACAUAACUGCCUCCUUGGGUCACCUGGAUCUAGCAGUCUGGCUGCUGGAGAGAGGGGUGCAUCCUGAGGAACCAGUGGGGGUCCAUCCAUACCGUCAGUGGUGCCACCAAACUGCCCACAGAGACACGGGAAAGUGUCCUGUUCACAUAGCUGCAGAGAGCAGUCAGAUCCCUAUCCUGAAGCUUUUCAUUGCCAAGAACCCUCUGGCCUUGGCUUGUCAGGACCCUGAAGGCUGUGACCCUUUAAAAAUUGCUCUUCAGUGGGGUCACAGAGAUGUUGUACAAUACUUAGCCAAUAAGCUGUACUCAGUUGUAUUGCUGCCAAACAUGAGCCUGCCCAUGUAUAUCUAUCUCCAGAUAAAACGCUGGGUGAGUGUAGGACAGAAAAGAGCAGCUUCAAACAGAUGCCAGUACACCAGCGCAGCCUUCAAAGCGAGGAUGGGGGAUAAACUGCUAAUAGAUGGCUUCAAUCUACCGAAUAUGUCCUCCAAAUCCAGGAAAUUAAUGACAAAACCAACAAGAGGACUCAAGAUGAAAACUUUGCAACCUGUACCACCAAACAGCAAUCUAUUCUCAGACUGCAUGUCCACAAGGGUACCACUCCGACCAUCCAGGGAGCAGUCUGUGAAACUGUAUGACUUAAAACAAAAAGAGAAAUUGUGGCAACAUGAUUCAAAACAUAGAAAUAAUGGGGUACUGAAAGAAAUCAAUGAUGAAGACAAUAACUUAUGCAGAGGGAAAUUCAUACUCCCACCAAUCAGCAAAAACAGCAUUACCGGCUCAGUCUUUAUUGAUGCAUCACAGAAAUCUUCUUCUGUUCUGACAGCAUGUUUGGAGAACUUCUCUAACCACUGUGGAUGGACACCCAGAGAAAACGCCAUUUACUGCCUGACAACUGCAAGGUCUUUCUCAUUUGUACAAAAUAUUUUUAUGUACAUCAAAAAACACAGAGGGGUUAAAGAUCAUCUGUGAUAUAAAAGGUCAUUACUGUUAGAUGUCAGUUGAAUACAGCGUGAGGUUACUGUGUCUCAUGUCUGUUUCUUUUGUAGAGCUUUCACAGAGAAGCCUUGGCCAGUGCAGCUGCAAAUUGCACGGACCCUGAUAAGGAAGCACGUCCACACCACCAUCUGAUACCUUGGCACCCUAGAGCCACAGAUGAGUCCAGAUCUCUACCUGGAUGCCUAAAAGAAGACACUGAGGACCCCUCGAGCAUGACAACUGAGAAGUGUGUCUCAGACUUAGAGUGCUGUUAGCUGUGUGAGACAGUCAAAUUAUGUUCAUUGAUAACUUUGCUUCCUUAUGCUCUUCACAGAAACAGAGACAGGAGUAUUUCAUAGAUACAGUUAAUUUUCUUAUUGUACUCAAUGUAUUGAGCACAAUGUAUUUUUGAUGUAUGAUUGCAAUUCUAUGUUGACAAAUGUCCAUAUAAGGACCAGCCC